AGACGGACACUAUGAAGGUGCUCAUUAAUCGUGUCAAAUCCCUGAAGAAGAAGCUGAACCCGAUUCAGGCGGAUAGAGACGCUGGCAAGCCUAUUAGUUCUGACCGUCAGUCAAAAGAAGCAACGAUCCAUUCCGUACUCGAACAGCUCGAGCCUCUGGUCCCUCGGCUCAAGGAGGCGUUUCAGAAGGACGUCGACUCUGCAAUUCAUAAGAAAAGCAGCGACAUCAGAGCCACGCGUCUGGAGAAAACAAGGGUUUUGCUACAGAAACAAGUUGAAGAUGAAUUGCAGUUACCCAGCACUAGCAGUUCGUCUGGGACACCUCUCAGAUCAUGGCUUGGUGUUUCGUCUUCCAUUAAUGAUGAUGAGCUGUGCACAAACUUUCUGCGUUUUUUUUGGCCGAUUCAUUAAUGAAGAUGACAUGGAGGAGUUCUACAUUGAGGAAUCAAUUUCACUGGCCAACCGCCAGUCUAAGUUGUUAUAUGUGCACUACCAUCACAUGGAGAGUUACAACCGGGAUAUGGCUAUGAACAUCUGUGCCAAUCAGAAACGGUUGAAGGCAAGGUUGGAAGCUAUAGCCCGUAAAUUUGUGAUGACGACUUUGAAAGGAAUGCUGCCUAGGGAGGCUUAUACCGCUAUUGUUAAUAUCAUGCAGAAUCUGCAGUUCAAGUUCGUUGGGAUGCCGAAUAGGCAUGAAAAGCUGGCUGAUUUUCUUACCCGGACAAUAGUGUGCUGGUAUGCAUAUGAAAAAAUGAGGUUCCUUAGCCCAAAUGCUGAUGGAUUUUCGAUGGUUCAUGGCAUUUUGGCAGACAUCAUACAUAAUCACAAGCAAGGGCGUUCAUGGAAUGGCCACUUUGCAAGUACUGACAUUGAAGUUUACAAUGGCAAAUUUUUCAAGAUCACUAAAACUGCCAUCUACCGCUUUGUGCCAUCCCCUAACAUCUCAAUAGAGGUUGCUGGUUGGUUGCGAAAUGACUUUCGUGCCUGUGAGUUCUUACUUGACAAGUUCAACCAGAAUGGCCGCCUACCUGUAUUUUUUGUCCAGCUUAGAAGAGCUUUGAUGAACACAACAGAUAAGACAUUCCUUCAAGCCUUUGCCUCAGAUCUGUAUGAUAAGUUUCUGCACCAUGCAGCAAUUAAGCAGCCUCUGGUGCGUGCCGUAUUUCUAUGUGGUGUUCAGCAAGCGUGCAGGGCGCACGACAUCUAUGACCCUGACGCAAGGUACAAGCAGGUCCUCAAAAGGUUAGCAAUCCCUGGUUUCAGCCUGGCAGAUGCGAUAGCCAACUCUGGGAUAGAUAUUCUCUUAGAGGUUCUUGAUUACCAGAAGCGGCAGGCAUCCAGAAAUGCUGAUAAAGAUGGAGAGCGUCAGGUCAGAAUACCUCGCCCAGAUGGCACGUUUUGGAUUUGGGAGAACAAAGCUGCCUUCAGGCGCUACCUGCUGAUGGAUACUGUGAAUGUUACUGCAGAUGACUUGCUAUCCUAUAUUGACACCGAGAGGCAUCUAAUUGUCCACGGCCCAGACUAUUCAAAGGAGGAUAAAGACUACAAAAACGCGGCAGAGAAUGAUGGGGUUCGGUAUUGGAGGGUGGAGGGUAACCAGUGGGACAGCAAUAGGCCGAGAAAACAGAAGCUGGACACAUUCGAGGUCAUGGAGCUUAUGGUUGCGUCUCUUUCAGAGGAGAUCAUGCCUCUGAUGAUCUCUGAGCUGCUUGAUCAGUCUGCUAUGACUGGAAAGCUGAAGGCUGUCUGGGAAUUGUACAAGAACAGUGGGUUUGAGCUCUCGAAUAUGGAUGUGCAAAAUAUGCUGGCGAUGGUUGGCCUCAGUAGGGAAGCAGAGGAAGAUGACCAUUGAUCGGUUGCUGCUGCAUGAACUUCCAAGUUGGUUGCACAGUUGGAUGAUCGACAUUCUGAAUGAACCCGUCUUUCACAGCAGUCCACGAAAUGACAUUUUGAGGUCCAGUGAAAGCAUUGGAUCAUGUAGCCACCUUAGUGCCUGUAGGAAUUUAUGUUAAUUAACUGGUGAAACAAGCUGUUGUCUCUUGCCUGGCUGAUGUUGCUGUCUCUAUAGAGGUUUUGGCUGUUCUUUUGUUGGGCUGACAGUGGCCACCUUAUACUCUUGC